CUAGGGACCGCAGCAAGACAAGGGGGGAGGUGCGGGUCGGUAGAAGAGACAAGUCUGGGCAGCGCUCGGGAGUUGGCACCAGUUCGCGCACCCAUUCAAGCGGCACUUCUCCUAGCAGUUCUCGCUGACGCGCUAGCUGCGUCUUCUGCUUUCCCGCACCCUGAGCUCAUCUGCAGACGUCCUGGUGUCGGUCCUCACCAUGCCUAGCCUUUGGGAUCGCUUCUCGUCGUCGUCCUCUUCGUCCUCGUCCUUGUCCCGAACUCCCACCCCAGAUCAGCCACCGCGCUCAGCCUGGAGGUCGGCGGCCAGAGAAGAGGGCCUCGGCCGCUGCGCGAGCCUGGAGAGCUCGGACUGCGAGUCCCUGGACAGCAGCAACAGUGGCUUUGGGCCGGAGGAAGACGCAGCAUACUUGGAUGGGGUGUCCCUGCCCGACUUCGAGCUGCUCAGCGACCCUGAGGACGAGCACCUGUGUGCCAACCUCAUGCAGCUGCUACAAGAUAGCCUGGCCCAGGCGCGGCUGGGCUCGCGGCGCCCGGCGCGCCUGUUGAUGCCCAGCCAGCUGGUGAGCCAGGUGGGCAAAGAACUACUGCGCCUGUCCUACACUGAGCCAUGCGGCCUGCGGGGGGCGCUGCUUGACGUCUGCGUAGAACAGGGCAAGAGCUGCCACAGCGUAGGCCAGCUGGCCCUCGACCCCAGCCUGGUGCCCACUUUCCAGCUGACCCUCGUGCUGCGCCUGGACUCACGCCUCUGGCCCAAGAUCCAGGGGCUGUUUAGCUCCGCCAACUCUCCUUUCGUCCCUGGCUUCAGCCAGUCCCUGACGCUGAGCACUGGCUUCCGAGUCAUCAAAAAGAAGCUGUACAGCUCCGAGCAGCUGCUCAUUGAGGAGUGUUGAACUUGGGCCUGGGGGGAGGGGCUGACACUGCCCCCGCAGCAGAGACAACUUUGGGGUGGACAUUGGCAGGUAGGAGCUAAGGGACUGAUGCCUGUCCUUAUAAUACUGACAAUAGCCACCUGAGGGGAAGAAGGUUGAGGUGGAAAGUGUUUUCUGGGAAGUUCACUGAGGUGUGUGCAGGUGGCUUCCUGUUGGGGGCACACGCUUGUCUCUCAGUACUGUAGCAUGAAACAAAGGUUUAGGGGCCAACCAGGCUUUCUGGCUGGAUGUGUAUGUAGCAUGUUCUUUAUUAUUUUUAUUGUUACUGACAGUUAAGACAACAGUGGUCUGACAGCCAGGAGAGCAGCUGGGCUGCACUGGCCUCUGCAAGCUGUGUGUGCUCAUGGUAGCCGGCCCUGGUGGGGGGUGGGGGUGGGGGUCAUGGAGGUGUUUUGUGUGUAUUUCAUGGUCUGAAGGGGCCAAAUGUGUUUGUACUUUUUUUUGGCAUCUUUUGUGUUUUUUGUUUUUUUGUUUUUUGUUUUGUUUUAUUUUUGAUUGGAGCUUCACUACUGACCUGUUCUAGGCAGCUAUCUUACAGACUCAUGAAUGUAAGAGUAGGAAGGGGUAGGUGUUGGGAUCACUUUGGAGGAUCUUUGACACUUGAAGAAAAUACACCUGGGAGCUGCGUUUGGCCCAUCCCCCCCACUGUACUGAAGAGUUUAUCUGUGAGGGGUAGGGCUGAUGGGGUGGGGGCUGGAACCCCUCACCCAGAGGAGUGCCAUCUGGGUCUUCCAUCUAGAACUGUUUACAUGAAGAUACUCUGUUCAUGAAUACACUUGAUGUUCAAGUAUUAAGACCUAUGCAAUAUUUUUUACUUUUCUAAUAAAAAAUGUUUGUUAAAAACG